AUGACCUACAGCCUCAGCUCCUGGUUUGGUAGCUCUAAGAACUACGAGAGACAUCAGCUGAAUAGGUUGGUAUUCACCCUGCCCUCGCUGCAAGACAACCAGUGCUGCAUCCGUAGGCUGUCAGAUAUCCUAAAAGACUCUGACCACCCAUCUCACAGCCUGUUCUCCCUGCUACCAUCUGGGAGAAGGUUCAGGAGCAUCAGCUGGAUCUGCCACACUGUAGGAACCAUUAGCCGUGCUUGUGUUGUUUACGGGCCUUAUACAAAACGGACCGGCUUCCUUUACCCACAACCCUCCGCCUUAGCUCCGUCCUUCCGACUUCCGCCUCAGCUACGAGCCGAGAUGGCCCCAACAAAGAAAGGAGAGAAAAAGAAGGGGCGUUCAGCCAUCAACGAGGUGGUCACCAGAGAGUACACCAUCAACGUCCACAAGCGCAUCCAUGGAGUGAGCUUCAAGAAGCGAGCUCCCCGCGCCAUCAAGGAGAUCCGCAAGUUCGCAGUGAAGGAAAUGGGAACUCCUGAUGUCCGCAUUGACACUCGCCUCAACAAGGCAGUGUGGAGCAAGGGUGUCAGGAAUGUGCCGUACAGGAUACGCGUACGGCUGUCCAGGAAGCGUAAUGAAGACGAGGACUCCCCCAACAAACUGUACACCCUGGUCACAUACGUUCCUGUCACCACAUGCAAAGGUCUGCAGACAGUCAAUGUUGAUGAAAACUAAAUGUUGUCUCCAAGCUGAAUAAAUGAAAAUAAAAGGACCCCUUGCCUUUU